AUGAAUACUCCGUUUUUGGGACCAAAGUUAUUAAAAAACGAUUCAACUGAUGUGUUAUGGGGUACUCUGAGACCCGGUCAAUAUCUGGGUUUAAGGACUAAAGAACCGAAGGAUCAAGGAUCUGUCAGUGCGGGUCUAAUGUGGUAUAAAAAUGAGGAAGUACUUAUUAAAGGAUUAGAUGCAAUACGAUAUAAUUGUGAAAAAAGAGAAACCAUUAAAUACGGAUAUGUUGAGCACAAUGCACGUAAUUAUGGAUUUCAAAACAUAUCAUUUGUAUGGUACACAAUAAUUGAUCCAGGCGAUAGCAUUGAUACUCUUUCAAAAUAUGAGUACGAGCUAGAAGUAAUGAAAAAUGUUCCGGGGUCACCUGCUGUAGCAAUUAUUGAGGGGCUAACUCCUAGCUUAAACGACUUUCAAAUGUCUGUCAUCAUUAAUAAUGAGAACGUUGAAGACAAUCAAUCUUUUAUGCACGUGAGCCAUAUUGAGUUUGCUCGAUCGGCAUUCAGUCAGAUGGCUAGUAGCUUAGGUUAUAUGUACGGAAAUAUCGAAGUACGCUAUGAAAAUGAAAAAGAGAAACACUAUUGGAGAUAUGGAUUAAUUAUUUCCGUUCCUAAUAGAGCUCAAUUUCAACAAGGGUUCUUUUGGAGUGAAAGCAAUCAUUGCGCUUUGCUAGCUAAAUGGGAUCCAGAUUUGGCACUAGAAAUUGUCAGUUCCUGGCUUGAUUCAAUGAACGCUCAUGGAUGGAUGCCUGCCAUACAGAUAUUGGGAAGCGAGGCGAUAGUGAGGGAAGCAACCGAUUCCGACGGGAUAAAAUUUUCAAAGCCUUCCGACACUCCGGCUCUUUUGCUGACCAUGGAAUCGAUUUUGGACGAGUUACAAAAAACCGAGCCGAAAAUCAAACGACAAAACCUACUGCGGAAAAUGUGGCCUCGACUGCGGGCUUGGUAUUCGUACGUCAACGACACCAGCUAUACAGGGAAAACUUACAGAUGGGAAGGACGCAAUAAGCAUUUGCGCAAGUACUGCUAUAUGGCGCACGGUGCCCAGGUCAUGUACAGAUUGGGCAAGUACUUGUUAUUGGACCCGGUGGAAGUGGAGAAGUAUAGGGCAUUUCGUGAAAAAUUAGUUUCCAAAUUAGACCACGCGCACUGGAGCGAAGUCAGUAAGGUGUACACGGAUUUCGGUUCGCCCCCCGGCGAAGUGGACCAGGACAAAUGGAAACAUAUAGACAUAUACAGCUACGGUUACGACAGGCUGUUCCCGUUGCUGAUGAAAAUCGUGCCGUCCGAAGAAAAGUUGAACGGCAUUUUCGAUGAGAUCGAUAACGAUUUGUCGACCGCCGGUUGUGGUCUGAAACAUCAAAACAUAUUCAGUGUGGACAAUCCGAAGCGCGAAAAUUCAUUGUCCAGGGACACGAUUUGGAUUAACAUUCAGUAUUUGACGUUGAGGGCUUUGAAAUACUACUUGGGAAAGGGUAACGAUAUAUUUUACACGGAAAAUCGCGUAGGUCUGAACACGGCCACGCGGAACAGGGCUGGUCGGCUGUACAAAAAGUUAAGGAAAGAUUUUAUCAAUUGUGUGUUUGCCGAAUGGCGCAAAACCGGUUACAUUUGGGAGCGUUACGUUGAAGACCUGGACGGGUUUUGUCAGGUAGCCGAUGAUAACAGGUGUAAAAAAAAUAAAAAUAACCGUCCAGUUUACAAAGGAGCCGGAGCUAAAUCUUUUACCGACUGGGCCGCGUUAGUCGUGUUUAUAAUGGCCAAAGUUUACUAA